AUGUCUGCGAUGAUGAAUAACCCUAUGAUGCAAAUGAUGAUGAUGCAAAUGAUGAUGAUGGGCGGCGCAGGUGCUGGAGCUGGAGCAGGUGCUGGAGCAGGAGCAGGCAUGCUCCCGUCAAUGAUGAUGCCUGGACUUAUGGGUUCCUUAGGAACAAGCUCUUCAACAGCUACGACAGGGGGAUCCGCUACUGCUGCAGCUGCCUCAAGUCCGAACGGUGGUGCUGUUGAGACAGCAUCGACUUCAGCAACCUCGACAUCAGCAUCAGCAUCAAAUGUUGACGCGGCUGGAAGCGGUGCGCCUAGUGCUCAACUACCUCAACAUGGUGUUCCAACCGCAGUAGAGUCUUCCGACCAGACUUCGGGAACCGCGACGGAACAUCACACUUCAGGAGCAGCAGAACAUCAAGGAGGUGGUAAUCAAGAACAAACUAAUGUUAAGGCUUGAAAAAAUCCAUCUUUCCCAGCAUCUUGGCCCCAUUUUGAACGGAAAAAGGACACCAAGACGCUGAUCGAGAUAGAUUUAUAGGCCAGGUCUAAUAAUACUGCAAGUGCCAGUCCUCAACUAACUUCAAGUGCUAGUCCUCAGCCAAGCAUGCCUCAAGAUGCCAUGAUGAUGCAAAUGAUGCAGCAGAUGAUGGGAAUGGCUGGAGGAGGGAUGCCGCCGGGCGGCCUGACACCGCAACAACAAGGCGGGACAAGCUACGCGGCAGCAGAAAGCAAAGCUGCACCCCCACGACCAGCACCAUAUUAACUCAAAUGUGGUACCCUCUCGAACAGAGACUCGUCGUGGUCGUUUCUCUGUCCUCCUUGCGAAGCACAUUUUCUGGCGCUCCUGAAAUGACUACAGGAAAGCUCCCAUGUACUCCGACAUGUUGAGGCAAAGAUCUCAUCUUCUGAUCUUUUCCUUAUGAAUCUUGUGAUCUCGUGAUAUGUUGGCCGCUCUGCUCGUCUGGUGUUUGUGCCUAAGUACUUAUACGGGACGCACUCUCAGGUCUAGUCUCUACGCAGGUUAUCAGGAACGAGAGCAACGUAUGCGUGCACUCUGAAGGACAUGCUGACUUACUUCUGUCGAGGAGUGGAGGACGCUUCAGAGAGCCUACAAGCAGAGUCUUGUUCGAGGAAGCGGCUUCUCUAAGCGACAUCGUGUUUGAAUGUUGAUGCUAUUAUACAGUGAAGGAUAACUAUGACGAUCGACGUUGUUUCUCAUUCCAAGACCUUCACCAUCGCACACCCGAGAACAAUCCCAGAUGCACCCACCCAACAAGUCUAAGCGUCUAAGUCUAGGAGAUUCCUCAACGCAACUCAGACGACUACUAAGAAUAAAGACAAAAGGCUUCUCAUCUUUCUAGGAGUGCCGCUGUUCGUUGUCAGCCUUAUUCUAAGCUCCUGCGAGAAGAAGACUCAAUGAUUGAAUUGCAAACUAAUGUUGGCACGUCGAC